AUGUUUGUUAGCUGCAUCAGUUUCAAUGGUGUAAGUGCAGCACUAUACAACCUCAUUGCCAAUGCCACAAACCCCAACAAUGACACUCAAUACCUUCUUCUCAAUGCCCUUGUCCCUGUCAUCACCUCAGCCACCGCCCUCGUUCCGAUUCUCCGGCAACCCCCUCCUCAGUCCCUUCCGGCUGAGGCGGUGCGUCGAGACUCCCUCACAUUCCUCUUUCUCAAUAGCCUUGCAUGUUUUACUGGCCUAUAUCUCCUCCUACUAAAUUCGAUAUCAUCCAAUGCUUCAGUAGCUCGUACCCUCCUAGCUGGAGCACUCUUUUUGCUAAUUCUUCCAUUGGUUACCCCGGGGAUCGCCUAUGCUCGGGGAUGGGCGGAUCGAACGUUCCACUCGAGCUUCCCAUUGGAAGGCUCGAGUUUCGUUGACAUUGAUGAUCUUGACCUUCAUAAGGAGCUCAUUGGGAGUGAGGAUUCAAGCACUAAUGUUUUGCUUGAAAGCACGUAUAACUCAAAAGACAAAGAUGGGUGUUGUGACACCAUGUGGGAGAAGGAUCGCUUGACAGCGCUUGGGGAGGAACAUCCGGCAACAUUGCUUGUGCGUCGGUCGGACUUCUGGCUGUACUACAUAGCAUACUUCUGUGGGGGAACAAUAGGGUUGGUUUAUAGUAACAAUCUGGGGCAAAUUUCAGAGUCACUUGGAUACAGUUCACAGACUAGCUCCCUUGUUACACUUUACUCUGUGUGUUCUUUCUUUGGUCGUUUGCUCUCAGCUGCUCCAGACUUCCUGAGACACAAGGUAUACUUUGCAAGGACCGGGUGGCUAGCAGUUGCCCUUGUGCCAACACCAACUGCCUUCUUUCUGCUUGCUCUCUCUGGCAGUAAAGCCGCAUUGAGCGCUGCAACAGCGCUGAUUGGACUCAGCUCUGGGUUUGUAUUUUCAGCAGCAGUGUCAAUCACAUCAGAGCUCUUUGGACCGAACAGCGCCAGUGUCAAUCACAACAUUCUGAUAACCAACAUUCCGCUUGGAUCGCUGCUCUAUGGCCUUCUUGCAGCUCUGGUCUAUGAUGCAAACCUAGGAAGCUCAAACACGGUUGUUUUGAUGGAUGGGUCAACGGUGUGUAUGGGCAGAAAAUGCUACUUCGAGACAUUUUUCUUGUGGGGUUGCAUCUCCUUGCUGGGUGUAGCUUCUAGUUCUUCGCUUUACCUGAGAACCCGGGCGGCCUAUGACCGGUUACAUAGAAACAGAAAUCGAAUGCAAUUCUCAUAACCAUUGACAUAGUUUUUUCCAUGUUGAUGGGUACUCAAUUUUGUGCUGAAGAUGAAGUAGGGUUUUAGGAAGCAAAUGAGAAAUGUAUUUCAUAUUUCACACAGUUGCAUCUAAGGCUGACAAAAGAACACAACCAUCAAUCCAACAUGUAAUCGACAUAACGUUACUAUGUAUGAGUCUAGGCCUACUGGGUUUAAGUUGUAAUAA